GGAAAUAUAAAUCAUCUUAUUCUCAUCAAAAUUAAGUUUUAUAUAUCGUUACUUUAAAAUACCAUUCUUUCGAAUUAAAAAAAAAUUAAUUUUUGCUUCUAUUUUUUACAUAUUAUAUAAAAAAAUUGUUUUUCUUUUAUUAUUGUUUUAAAAUGUCAAAUAUUUCAAGAAAAAGGAAAACUCCAUCAAAAUUAAAGACCAUGGGUAAUCAUGAUGACUUUUUAAAUCGUAUAUCUAAAUCGCUUUAUUAUGCAAAACUUCCAGUGACUGAUUGUCUCAGUUUGCCUGUUACUGAAUUGGCAGCAGAAUUAUUCACUGAAGUGAAGAGUGGUUAUACACUUGAAAGAUUAGAUGUAGAAGAGGCUAGCAGAAUUUCUAGAAAUGCAUGUGUAUCACCAUGUUCUCUUGUUUUGGCAUUGUUAUAUUUGGAGAGAUUAAAAGAUUGUAAUCCAGAAUAUCUUCAACAAGUGGCACCUUCUGAACUCUUUCUGGUUUCUUUGAUGGUGGCUAGUAAAUUUUUAAAUGAUGAAGGAGAAGAUGAUGAAGUUUUCAAUACUGAGUGGGCACAAUCAGCUGAUUUGACUAUAUUGCAAAUAAAUCGGUUAGAAAAAGAUUUUCUUAAAGCUAUUGAUUGGACUGUUUUUGUUCAUAAUCAAGAUUUUUGGGAAAGAUUGCAGAAAUUAGAAAGAGAUAUAGCUUAUAAGGAAGCACAAAAAAGAGGCUGGUUUUCAUAUACAGAAUUAAGUUGUUUAAUGAAUUCAAUGCAAUUAAUUGCAGUAGCACAUGCUGUAGUAAAUGUAUCAUCCAUUUGCUUGGCAACAUAUACUGCAGGAGUAGUUACUCUUUUAGGUUCUGCUUUAGUUGCAAGCUAUCUUCCAGGAACAGUACUUAACAAUCCAAGACAAGCAAUUAAUUCUACAGAUAUUAUGAAAGCAGAUUUUAAUUCAGAGAUGGAUAUAACAGCACCUAUUGAAAUUUUAUCAGAAAAUGUUUUAACAACAGAUUUUAUAUCUACUUCUCUCUUAUUAAAUUGCAAUCAGUCUCAACAGAAUUGUGAACACAUUAAAAUCCACAAGAUUACUAAUGUAAAUUGGAGAUGGUUAAGUUCCAUAAUGAUCUGGUUACCACAACAUUCAGAUGUAGAAUCAAAAAAAUCAUUGCAAACAACAAUCGAUAAAACCAAACAUGUAGACACAUCAAUAACUAAAUUUCUAUUCGAUGUUACUAUAUCAGAUGAACCUUUAAUAAAAUUCUGGAAACAAAUCUUGAGCAUAGAUUUGAAAAUAUUUUUGCAUGACUGGCGAUAUUAUGCAAAUUAUAUUACAAAAUUUACAUUUGAUCAUCAGCAUUGAAUAUUAUAUAUUAAUAUAUUAAACAUUUAUCAAAAAAUAUUAUUUUUAUUAAAAAAGUUUUCAAAAAAGAAAAAUAUAUAUUUUUUCUACUAACUUGUAAUUCAUAAAAACUUCUAUACUAACAAAAUCAUUUUUUCAAUAAAGAAUAUGAAAUAUC